CUUCCGGUUCCGCCGCCAGGCUCUGCUCCAGUCCCGAGGUCGUUACCGGGCUCGGGCCCGCUCCACUUCCGGUUCCGGCUCCACUUCCGGUUCCGGGAUGCGGCUGCUGCCGGCGCUGCGGGUCCGGGCCGGGUACCGGCAGGGGCAGAGCCCCGAACCGCGCAUGCGCGAGUACUUCUAUUACCUGGAUCACCAGGGGCAGCUUUUCCUGGAUGACAGCAAAGUGAAGAAUUUCAUCACCUGCUUCAAAGAUGUGGCAUUCCUGAGCUUCUUCUUCAAGCAGCUGGAACGCAACCGGAGCGGGCGCUACGAGGCGGAAUUCCCGUUCCUAUCCCGCUGCGGCCGGGAGCGGAAUUUCCUCCGCUGUGAGGAUCGUCCCAUUGUCUUCACCCACCUCCUUCCUGGCAAUUCCCAACUCCUUUCCUACUGCGGCGGCGGCGAGCGCUUGGCGGUGCCAUUCCAACCGGGAAUGCUGACGGUAUUCCCGGACAACGGGCGGCUCUAUCAUCCGGCUCCGGCCAAAUCCGGCGGCGUGGGGCUGGUGCGCUCAGCGCUGGCUUGGGAAUGGAGCUCCAGCUUCCAGUAUGAGCAGGGGCAGGAGCAGAUCCCAACACACUUCCUAUGGGAAGGCCGGAGCUAUCAGCUCAACCAGGAGUUGUUGCCGUUGCUCCAGGCUGGAAGCGCUGGGGAAUCCUCGGAUAUUCCCGUCUCCACGCGCCCUGGAUGAGCCGGCAUUCCCGGUAUUCCCAUUGUUGCUCUGGUGCCACCACCAUGGUGGCCGAAUUCCCCCUUAAAGAAGCUUAAACCAGGAGCACAGAGCUGAUUCCUGAUGGGAAUUUGGGAUGCAGGGAUGGGAUUUGGGGAUGGGGACAAUAAAAGGCGCUGCGGUGACGGGUUCUUUGCCAUGAGCCCUUCCAAAACAACAG